AUGACGGCAGCACAGCAGCAAGUAAAUCGCCCAAUGGGCGGUCCUACCUCUACUGGCAGUCACUACGUCAGCGGAGGAACGAGUAUGGGCGCCGGUGCAGCAUCCUCGGUGUAUGGUGGUGCUGGCACGAGUAGUAUGCAACAACAGCAAAUGGCUCCACAGCCUGGCAUGUCACAGCAGCAGAUGAUGAACAACAACGCUAUGGCAGCACAAGAACAACUGCUGGCAACGGUAGAUGUGAAGUUAUCAGUGGCUUUGCCAGGUCCCGACGUCAUGAGUCUGCUCUAUUUGGCUGGUAUUACAUCACAAGAGACUUCUUCUGGACCACCUAGCGGAGGUCCUGGUGGCCCAGGUUUGCCUCCUUCUUCAGCGUCAAGUAUUCAACGUCCGCCAACAGCAGGUGGGAUGCAGCCUGG